AUGCCGGAGACACUGUGGGCGGCCGUCGAGACAGUACGUGGAGGCGGCGUGGUGGCCGUGGUCCUGCCGCCUGGGCUCGCCAUGAGCGGCGGGGGUGGCGCCGACGGCGGCGGCGGUCCGUCGGGCAACGGGCCUUCCACCCGGCAUCCGCUCUUCUCGCGGCUGGUGGCCAAGCUGCUGGGCGGCGCGGGCAGCUGCAUCCUCGUCGACGAUUGUCUGCGACAGCUCCCUCGCGAGUGGGCCCAAGCCCGCACCGGGGAGGCUCCCGCAGGCGAGGCUGCGGGCGACUGCGGCCCACUGGAGCCCGAAGGAGGGGAGGCCAGCGAGAGCGGCGCUGCAGCAGCUGUUGCGGGGUGGGCCGGAGCGCUGUUGCAGCUGGCGCUCACUGCGGACCAGGCGCGUGCGAUGACAGCCGCGCUGGCCCACCUCGCAGGGGCCCGGCCGGGCGUGCGGCGCUCGGUGAUGCUCAGCGGCCGGCGGGGCCGCGGGAAGUCCUUCGCCGCAGGGCUGGUCGCGGCAGCCCUCCUCAGCGCGGACGAGCCCGCGCUGGCCGCGCCGAUCACCGCCGUGGUCGUCGCCGCGCCCGCAGCAGAGAACGCCCGGCAGCUGAUGCAGGCGCUCCGCCAGGGUCUGGACGCCCAGGGCCGCCGCUGCGCCGCAUGCCUGCCCGUGGGCCACGGCGCGGGGCUGUGCGUGCUUCCGCCCGACGCAGGCGGCACCGCCGUGCAGGUGCUUUUUGUGCCCGCUGCGCAGGCCGCCGACGUGGUGGCCGCGAUGGGGAUCGUCGGCCACUCCACGCUCCUGGUGGUCGACGAGGCCGCGUCUGUGCCCGUGCCGAACCUCCGCGCGCUGUUGGGGGCGCACUGCGGCGCCGCGCUGCUGGCCAGCACGCUGUCGGGCUGCGAGGGCACCGGGGGGGCCCUGGAGCAGAAGGUGCUUGCUGGCGAGGCCGAUGGCGGGCGGGGGCCGCUGCUCCUGACCCUGCGGGAGCCCGUGAGGUAUGGCAGCGGCUGCCCGGUGGAGGGCCUGCUGGACCAGCUCCUCUUCCUCGGGGCGGGUGCCGACCUGCCGCUGCCGCCUCUGGAUGUCGCCGCCUGUGGCGCGCCCGACGAAGGUGAGCUCUACGAAGUAGAUGUGUCGCGGCUGGAAGCGAGCGAGAACGCAGACUUUGCGUACGCUCUCGUCGCCUUGCUGCAGACGCACUACCGCACCUCCGCCAGCGACAUAUCGAGCAUGCUGAAGCAGCCGUACAUGCGGGCACACGUGCUGAUGCCUUCGGCGAGCGCCGGCUGCCGUGUUGCCGUUGGUCACCCACCACUAGUCGCAAUGCUGUCCAUAUCGGAGAGUCCUGAGUUGCUGCCCAAAGACGGGUCCAGCAAUGCCAGUCGCGUAUCUCGGUCCCACCUGACGGCCUUCGCUGUGGAGCAGGAUUUCCCCGAGCUUCUGCUCAGGGCCUCUGCUGGCCUCCGCAUCUCGCGCCUCGUGUGCGACCCUCGCCUGCGCGGCAGGGGCUUCGGGACCGCCGCCGUGGUGCAGCUGCUGAGACACCUGGAGCGCUGCUCAGAAGGAGACCUCGCUGAUGGUGCCCUCGCAGAUGGCGGCUCGCCUCUGCGAGGCCCUACGGGGUACGGCUGCGAUGUCGUGCAGUGGGUCGGCGUUUCCUUCGGGCUCACCCGGGGGCUGCUGAACUUCUGGGCGCGCCUGCUCUUCGUGCCGGCGGUGCUCUCGCCGGCACCGAACCCUGCGACCGGGGAGCUUUCCGUGGUGAUGAUCCGCGCCAUGCCGGGCGCUCCAGCGGCGCUGCGGCAGAUCGCGCAGCAGAUAGGGCCGGAGCUCGGCUCGAGGCUGCUGCAGGGCAUGAGGGGCGCGCGCUGCUCGCCGCCAGCCGCGCUGUGCGCCCAGCUGCUCAGGCUCGCGUUCGAGGGCGCCGCGCCUGCUGCGCGGUGGCAGCCUGGCGCUGCCGACCGGGCCCGCCUCGAGCGGCUCGCGCGGUCGCAGGAGCCCCUCCACGACGUCGAGCACUCGCGGGACCUGCUCUCGGCCCUGGCGGGGGCCUACUUCGCCGGCGGCCUGGCGCCGCUGAAGCUGCCGGCGGCGGAGGAGGAGCUGCUGGCUGCCGCCGGCGUGAAGGCGCUCAGCCUCAGCAGCGCGGCCGCGGACGUGGGCUCCUCGACGCCCAACCUGGCGGCCCUCGGGCUGAGGCGCGCGGCCGCCGAGGCGGCGCGGCGUGUGGGCCUGUGCCUGGGGAAGGAGCUCCUGCUGACCCUGCGCGCGGCUGGGAGCGCGGCAGAGCCCUGGAGCGCCUGGCUCCCGCCUGUGCACGAGCUCCACUGCGGCGGGGGCGUGGUUCCGACCGCCGCGCUGGCGUGGCAGCGGGCGCCCGCCGACAGGGCGCGGCCCCGCGAGCGCGCGGAGCCAGGCGCCCCGGAGGAGGAGCGCCCGCGCGGGCUGCUGGCCGAGUGGCGGUACCCCGUGGAGGGCGAGGCGGGCGACCUGAGCCUGUGGCUUGCGCCCGCCGCAGGGGCCGCGCACCCGCCCGAGGGCGCCGGCUGGGAGGCGGAGGUGAGCCUCGACGUGCACCUGGUCGGCGCGCCCGCGAGCCCGGCGGACGUCUGCGUGGUGGUGCUUCUCUGGGACCGGCCCCUCUCCGUCCUGGCGCACGGCCGCUGCCGGGGGCACGCGCAGCUGCCGCCGCUGGGAGAGCUGGGCGGCGACCCGGGCGGUGAGAGCGCGCUGCGGCUGCCGCUGCGUGCGCCCGCGAGCGGCGCGGACGCCGCGGGCCCCGCCGGCGAGCUGCGACUCGCGGCCCGCUGGCGCUGGCCGCUGCGCGCGGGGCGCCCCGAGCGCGGCAGCCUGGAGCUGAGUGGGCUGGAGGUGUGCGGCGCGGCGGGCGCGAGCCCGAGCGUGCCACAGGCCUCGCUGCGCGCGGAGCUGCGCGUGCUGCACCGGGUGGGCGCGGCGAGCGGGCGCCUGGGCGCGGGGAGCGGCGAGGCACUGCGGCUGCGGGUCCGGGUGAAGCAGAACAGGCCUGUGAAGUCUCGGCAGUGCGGAGGGGCCGAGGAGCAAAACAAAAAAAAAAGCGGGCGGGGGUGA